UUCUUCUUGCUCUAUAAAAUUCUUUCAACCCCAUUGAUCAAGAGCCACUCUAGACUGCAAAGAUAAACAUGAUGAGGUACAUUUUGAUUACUCUUUUGGUAGCCUUCUUGGCAGGUGCUGCUGUGGUUGAAUCUCUUGUUCGUCAUUACAGUUUCUUAGUUGUGUUGAAGAAUGAAACGAAGAUCUGUGGGAGCAAGUUUAUUAUGACUGUUAAUGGGAAGUUUCCAGGACCAACUCUGUAUGCUAGAGAGGAUGACACUGUGAUUGUUCGAGUCACCAACCGAGCUAACCAUAAUCUCACUAUCCACUGGCAUGGGGUUCGACAGCUCCGAAGCGGGUGGGCUGAUGGACCAGCAUAUAUCACACAGUGCCCAAUUCAACCGGGUCAGAACUACGUCUAUAAUUUCACCCUCCACGCCCAAAGAGGCACCCUUUUUUGGCAUGCUCAUAUCUCUUGGAUUAGAGCCACGGUUCAUGGCGCCAUUGUCAUCUUACCCAAGCUUGGCGUUCCUUAUCCUUUUACCAAUCCUGAUAAAGAGAAAAUCAUCAUUUUAGGUGAAUGGUGGAAGGGCGAUGUGGAGGAUAUGGUCAACAAGAGCAUAGUGUCGGGUCUGCCGCCCACCGUAUCGGACGUCCACACAAUCAAUGGCCACCCAGGCCCUGUUCAUGGCUGCGCUACUAAUGGAGGCUUCACAUUACACGUUGAAAGUGGAAAGACUUACCUUCUCCGAAUCAUAAACGCAGCACUCAACGAAGAUUUCUUCUUCAAAAUCGCAGGCCAUCGUUUCUCCAUUGUUGAAGUCGAUGCUUCUUACACUAGGCCUUUCGAAACCGAAACCAUUUUCAUAAGCCCUGGCCAAACCACAAACGCCCUUCUUACAGCCGACAAACCUGUCGGGAAAUACUUAAUUACAGCCUCCCCUUUUAUGGAUGCCCCUGUUCCUAUAGAUAACUUAACUGCAACAGCCUUUCUUCGAUACAAAGGAACUCCCAAGAAUCCCACCAUCGUAUUAACACAAGUUCCUGCUCAAAAUUCAACCCUUUUAACAGAUCGGUUCAUUGAUUCUCUACGAAGCCUCAAUUCAGAGGAAUACCCAGCAAAAGUCCCUCUGUUCAUCGAUCAUACUCUGUUUUUCACCAUUGGAGUUGGGAUCAAUCCUUGUGAGACUUGUGUCAAUGGAGUUAGAAUCGUGGCGGCAGUUAAUAAUGUAACGUUUUUGAUGCCCGAAAUUGCUCUUCUUCAAUCGCAUUACUACAAGAUUCGAGGGGUUUUUACAGAAGAUUUUCCGGGGAAUCCACCGUUUGUUUUCGAUUAUACUGGGAAACCACCUGCAAAUAUUCAGACAACAAAUGGAACAAAGGUUUAUAGGCUGCGUUAUAACUCGAAUGUUCAAUUGGUGAUUCAAGACACUGCUGUGAUUGCCCCUGAAAGUCAUCCUAUACAUUUACACGGCUUCAAUGUGUUCGUGGUCGGAAAAGGAUCGGGAAAUUUCGACCCGAUUGAGGAUCCGAAAGGCUUUAAUCUGGUUGACCCAGUUGAGAGGAACACUUUCGGAGUGCCAAAUGGGGGCUGGACGGCGAUAAGAUUCAGAGCAGAUAACCCAGGGGUUUGGUUCUUGCAUUGCCAUUUGGAAGUACAUACGACAUGGGGAUUAAAAAUGGCGUUUUUAGUGGAAAAUGGGGAAGGCCCCAAUGAGUCUUUGCCGCCGCCGCCCCGUGAUCUUCCUCGAUGUUAGGAUUCCCCUGUUUUCAAAAAGCUUAUAAAAAUCAGAGCUUAGAAACUGGUGAAGCCUGGAGGGGAGGGAAUUGUGGAGUUUAAAAGAACAAACAAACGGAUCCGGAGAGAGAGACAGAGAGUGAGUGAACAGAUCUGUGAUUGUGUUGUGUGAGAAAAUCAAAAUAAGGAUUCAUAUGCACCAAGUGAAGAUUCAAGAAUAAGCAAUGGAGUCCUUUGUUUGAUGAAGCUGGGAUGAUCUAUGAACAUUGAAGAUCUUGUAUUCUGUCCUUUUUUUUUUUUAAGUUCAAACGAAUUUCCAAGAAAAUGGAUGGAUUUUGCUGCUUCUAAUUACAAACCGUAUCCUAAACACACUGUAUAUGAACACGUACGUUUUUAACCUAAAAAACGACCAAGACAUACUAAUAAGAGUAACCCAACACAGUAAGAAAACAGAGGGCAUUGACGGAAAGAAAACAUGAACUCCAUAUACUACGGCAGGAAAACUAUAGACAUAUCACCCCCCAAG